AAAAAACCCAAAGCUUCCAAUUCAACAAGCAUUUACAAACACCCAAAUGAAUAAAUCAUCUUUCUGGUUUGUGGCUUAUGUAAACACUACUUUCCUGUUGUGUUUGAUUUUAGGCUUUUCUCAGGUUGGCAGUUGUGUGCGCCAUGGGAAUACGACGGAUCGGCUAGCAUUGAUUGCGUUUAAGGCCGAAAUAAUUGCUGAUCCUUUAGGAGCUGUGAGCUCAUGGAACAAAUCCAUCCAUUUUUGCAAAUGGUUUGGGGUGACAUGCAGCCGCCGCCAACACCAAAGGGUCAUUGCACUAGACCUAGGGAAUCAAGAGUUGUCCGGAACUAUGUCCCCUCACAUUGGAAAUUUGAGCUUUCUCAAGACACUGAUUCUGCAAAACAAUAGCUUUCGUGGUGAAAUCCCUCCUGAACUUGGCCGUUUGCGAAGACUAGAAUAUUUAUGGAUUCUGAAUAAUUCAUUUGGAGGUGAGAUUCCUGCCAACAUAUCUUAUUGCUCUAACCUCAUUAGCUUCUCUGCUCAUUCCAAUAAGUUGGUAGGGAAGAUCCCUAUGGAACUUGGCUCUCUGUCUAAACUAGAAAAGUUCAUGGGUAGCAACAACAAUCUGACAGGUAUAAUCCCCCCUCCUUUUGGGAACCUGUCAUCUCUUUUUGAACUUUAUUUGUAUUCCAACAAUCUUGUUGGGGGUAUCCCGAAAGAACUCGGACGACUUGCAAAACUAGAAAUAAUUGCAUUAUCUCAGAACAGGUUGUCUGGUACCAUCCCUCCUAAAAUCUUCAACAUCUCUUCUAUUGCAGUUAUUGAUUUUGGGGUUAACCAAAUCAAAGGGGACCUUACUUCUUUGAUAGGCAGUACCACUCCUCCUCAUCUGAAAUUCUUAAGCAUUGGGGCAAACCAAUUUACUGGAUCAAUUCCUAUUUCAAUGUCCAAUAUGUCAAAUCUUGAAUACCUGCUACUUGCACACAACAAACUCACUGGAAAAGUACCUCAUCUUGGAAAGUGUUAUAAGCUUCGCAAGUUUGGCAUCAAUAUCAAUCACUUGGGAAGUGGAGAGGCAAAUGACUUGAGCUUUAUCUCCACUUUAACCAAUGCCACCAAUUUAACAACAUUGUUAGUGAAUGUAAACAAUUUUGGAGGGGUGUUGCCUGAAUCCGUUGAAAAUCUCUCAACUCAGCUUGUACAAAUGGUACUAGAUAGCAAUCAAAUAUCUGGAAGCAUCCCUAGUGUGAUAGCCAAUCUUUCCAACUUGGAACUGCUUGGCAUGAAGGAAAACAAAUUCACCGGUCACAUUCCCCCAGACUUUGGAAAGUUUCAAAACCUACAUGUCUUGGCGUUAUCAAGAAAUCAAUUAUCCGGGAAUGUUCCAUCAUCUUUAGGAAAUCUAAGUGCUUUAACACAACUUUAUUUAGAUCGAAACAAUCUUCAGGGCAACAUCCCUUCAAGUUUGGGGAAUUGCCAAAACUUGAAUCAACUUGAUCUCUCUUGGAACAACCUCAAUGGCACAAUACCUGGUCAUGUUUUGGGUAUCUCAUCGCUAUCCAUAGGAUUGGAUUUAUCUUACAACCACUUGAUUGGUUCAUUAGUCCUUGAAGUUGGAAACCUAAAAAAUUUAGGUUUUUUAAGUGUUUCGAAGAACAUGUUAUCUGGUAAAAUUUCUAGCAACCUUGGUAGCUGCCAAAGUUUGGAAUUCCUACAUAUGGAUGGCAACUUUUUUCAAGGGACCAUUCCUUCAUCUUUUAGUUCUUUGAAAGGUAUUCAAGUGUUAGAUCUUUCGUGCAACAAUCUAUCGGGCAAAAUUCCAGAAUACUUUGCUAGCUUUGACUUGAAAUAUCUGAAUCUUUCUUUUAAUGAUUUUGAGGGUCCAAUACCUAAAGAAGGCAUAUUUGAGAAUGCAAGUGCAACUUCAUUGAGUGGAAACUCUAAACUUUGUGGGGAUAUACCAGAAUUUCAGCUUCCAAAAUGCAAAUCUCAACGUUCUAAGAACAUCUUCUCAACAUCUAUCUUUAAACUUACAAUAUCUAUAGUUUCUGGGAUUCUAGGACUAACUCUUGUGCUGGGUUUUCUAUUCAUCUGUUGGUUUAGAAAAACCAACAAAACACCUUCUUCAGAUUUAGCAGGAAACUCAUUUUUGAAAGUGUCUUAUCGAAGUCUCCUUCAAGCGACUAAUGGGUUUUCUACAACCAAUUUGAUCGGUAUGGGUAGCUUCGGGUCUGUGUAUAAAGGAAUUCUUGAUCCUGAUGGAACAAUUAUUGCUGUGAAGGUACUUAACCUAUCACAUCAUGGAGCUUCUAAGAGUUUUAUAGCAGAGUGUGAGACGUUGAGGAGUAUUAGACAUCGGAAUCUUGUCAAGGUGUUAACUGCAUGUUCAGGUGUUGAUUAUCGGGGCAACGAUUUUAAAGCUCUGGUUUAUGAAUUCAUGGAAAACGGCAGUCUAGAGGGGUAUCUGCAUCCAAAUCAAGUUGAAGAUUUGGCUGAUGUAGAGCCCAAGAAGUUAAACCUUCUUCAGAGAGUAAACAUUGCCAUUGAUGUUGCUUGUGCACUGGAUUAUCUUCACCACGGUAUUCCCACACCAAUCAUUCAUCGUGAUAUAAAGCCAAGCAAUGUUCUUCUAGACAAUGAGUUGGUUGGCCAUGUAGGUGAUUUUGGAAUAUCAAGAUUCCUUCCAGCAGCCACCCAAAACUUGUCAACAAGUUCUACAGGUGUAAGAGGAUCAAUUGGUUACAUUGCUCCAGAGCAUGGGAUGGGAAGUGAUGCAUCGACUUGGGGCGAUGUCUACAGCUUUGGGAUCCUUCUGUUGGAAAUGUUUACAGGGAAGAGGCCUACUGACAACAUGUUUAGAGAUAGAUUGAACCUUCAUAACUAUGUUGUGGCAGCUUUGCCUGACCAGGUAGAGAAGAUUAUGGAUUCAACACUUGUUGAGGAGAUCAGGGAAGAGGAAGAGUUCAUAAGUAGUGCCAACAAUAGUAGUACUAGAAGACAUCAACUCCUCAGUAGUAGAAUUCAAAAGGAUCAGCACAAGUGGUUGAUUUCGGUGUUUAGAGUUGGUGUUGCUUGUUCAAAACACUCCGUUGAAGAACGAAUGAACAUUAGUGAUGUUGUAUCUGAGUUGUACUCCAUCAAGAAUGCUAUUCUUCAAUCUUGAAUAUGCAGCAACCUGUCAGGUUAGUUAAUUAUGAACAAAAAUAUAUAUAAUAUAUACACAUCGCAAUAAAGUCGGGUUCGAGUCAACGAAUUAGUCUCUUCAGGUAUGUACAUCUGACUUAUCUCUUUUUUUUAUGAUUUCUGAAAGAAAAUUAUAUCAUCAAGACAUGGGGUGGUCAUUUCCUAGAAUACAAUUACUACUCCAUUAAUAUGAGUGUACAUGUGCUAUCGUCAUGGGUCACUUAGAAGGUCUAAGGAAGUUGAUUGAAUUCAUUGUAUUUUUGCAUAUAAUUUGAAAUCAAUCCAUUUUUUUCAUGCAGUUAACAUUCUGUAUGAGUGUCAAGCUACUUUACUGCUUACUUGAUAUCAGUGGAAGUUACAUUGCAACAACUUAAUUACAAGGUUAAAGGAUUAAAUUUAGACAAAAUAAAGUUUAAGGAUUUGAUAUAGUCCACAAAAUUAUUUUUUUAUUGAAGUUUCACAAAUCAAAUUCGUCAACCAUUUACACUUGCAUAUUGUUUUUUUUUUUUUUUGGUUUAACAGUCAAGAGUGUUCAGACCAGCUUACGCGCACUUUGACUAAUCCAUCACCUCUUCGGUCCAAUAAAAGGCAAAGUCAUUUACUCUAUAAUUAGAAAAAUCAUAAGGGAUAAAAAUCUCUUAUAGCCUAGCUUCAAAUGGUUGCCAAGAUUCAAACUUAAAAUGUUUGUAUUUAUAGUUCGCCUCUGUUACCAUUUGAAGUGUUUUUCUGAUAUUAGCUACCCUUUGAGGUUACUUGCAUAAUGUUGUGUUAAUUGUAAUUGACAUUUUCUACAAUUUCACAACUGUAUAAAAUAUUAGAUCUAUAGGUCAAAUUUAUAUAACUUAUUAGGGUCGAUUUGAGGUCAAUAAAAAAAAUUAAGAUAUAUAAUUUUUUUGGGGGACAACUUGUGUUUAUUACUAAUUAUAACUGUUUGAACUUUUCUUUGGCAGCUGACAAAGAGGCCGCCGGUGAACCUACUACAUAUUACUACUAUUUUGCAAGGUGCUCGUGUAUUUCAGGUUCAGUUAUAAUGCUACCUUCUUUUGAAACUAUCCGGUGACAUGUGUAUACUAUGUAAAGAAUGAAGCAUCCAGUGUCAUGUGUAUACUAUGUAAAGAAGGAAGUAUCGGGUGACAUGUGUGUACUAUGUAAAGAAUGAAGGGGAAAUAAAUUUCGAAAUAUUGCUUUUUGGUAUUAUAUUGAAAAUUUUAUUAAUAAGAG